GGUAAUUCGCCCUCCCAUUGGCGGAUUGGUAAAUCGGCGCAGAGGUAACUCGCGCUCCCAUUGGUGGGCGUGGGUCAGUAGCGCUGCUGGCGCGGGAUGGCGCGCACGAAGGCGAGCAGUGGUCCCGGCGCGUUCCGUAAAGUGCUGGUCGGCCGCGCUCCGCGCAAGGUGCUGGGCUCCGGCAGGCUCAACGCUGCCCGUUCGCCGCCGACGCCCCGCCCCCCUAAGCCCGGCCGGCACAUCAGGGGGAACCCGGUGUGCGUGAGGCCCGUCCCCGACUGGCAAAGGGGCAUCGGCGAGUUCCUGCGGCCGCAGCAGAAGGAGAUCUGCGAUCCCGGCGGAGAGGCGGCAGGGAGCAGCGGGCAGGACCUCCCUGGCAAGAAGAGGUGAGCUCGACUGCCGCCCCCAGACCCUGCGGGAGACGACAGUCGUGUGAAGAAGAGCAAGCGUGAUCUGAGCUGGUAACGAGUUGUGUGGGUGCCCCGUCGCUGGAGGCCGUGGCUGGGGCCCUGGUCAGCCUGAGCCGGUGGGGGGCAGCCAACCCGCGGCGGGGCUGGGAGCUCCAUGACCCUUCCGGCCUAAGACCUUCUGCGUCCUGAGAUGGUCUUUUUAAUACGUGUAUAAAGGUGUUGUUCUUUUUAA